AUGGUGCUUAACGAUAAUCCAGACCCAGAAAGCAUAGGCUGUGGAUUUAAUGCUUUCAAAGAGAUAGAUGAAGUAAAAUCUCUUAUCACAGAACUUAAAAAACCAGAUUUGUCAAUGAGGAUCCUGGAGAGGAAUAGAGAUCGAUUUAACUUUAUUUUAUCUCAAUAUCAAGAUCAGCCUCACCUUUUGGACCCAUAUUUGGAAGAUAUUUUGGGCUCUAUGCUUGUAAUUGUCAAAGAUGAUAAUGCUCCAGAGAAUGUUAAACAUAAUGUAUUUAAAUAUAUGUUUAUUCUCAUGUCUGUCAAAACCUACAAAAAAAUUGCCACUUACCUUCCUCAUGAGGUAAUGGAUCUUGUGCCUGUUUUGAAAUUGCUUGAGAAACAGGACCCAUCUAAUGUAGAGACAUGGGAAACACGUUAUGUUCUGCUCAUUUGGUUAUCUAUAAUAUCGAAGAUACCAUUCCCUCUGGCUCGUUUGGAAAUAUCUGACCAUGUAAAACAUGAACAGACCAUUAUUGUUAGGAUAUUAAAGGUCUGCAAAGUGUAUUGUUUAUCAAAGGAUGCUUGUUCAGUUGCUGCAGUCUUUUUAAUUGCAAAUUUUUUAACACGGUCUGAUGUAAAAAAAUUAUAUCUUGAGGAAAUGAUCUUGUGGUGUUUAGAGUCCUUGGAAAGCGAUCCAUCGGGACAUGGUCCUCUGGCAGUGAUUUCUUCAAUACUGAAGCACUGCGCUAGAGAAGAUCUCAAACAAUAUACUCAAAUCUUACUUGAUAAAGUAUUAAAAUUGAAAUUAACUGAGAAUCCUGCAGUGCUUGUCAGAAAAUUUGAAAUGAAGGUAGUUCAACGUAUAGGAUUUGUUUUAUUGAGAUCAAAAUUGGCAUCUUGGAGGUAUCAGCGAGGAAGCAGACAAAUAAGUCUUUUGUCAACUACAAAUACAAAUAUUGUAACAGAAACUGUUGGUGAUACCAAUGAAUCCAUGACGAAUGACGCAGAUGAUCAAGAUGUGCCUCCUGCGAUAGAAGACAUUAUUGAACAGCUUAUUCAAGGGCUCAGAGAUAAAACAAUAACUAUUCGAUGGUCAGCUGCAAAAGGAAUUGGAAGGAUCACUGCGCGGCUACCAAUAGAUAUGGCAGAUGAUGUCGUGGGAUUUGUAUUAAAUCUAUUUUCUGGUCGUGAAUCCGAUUCUGCAUGGCACGGUGGUUGCUUAGCACUUGCAGAAUUAGGAAGGAGAGGAUUAUUAUUACCUCAUCGACUGAAUGAUGUUAUACCAUUGGUACUCCAAGCGCUAGUAUUUGAUGAGCCACGAGCUUACGGUUCUGUGGGUUCUAUAAUUCGUGACGCUGCGUGCUACGUUUGCUGGUCUUUUGCAAGAGCCUUCGAACCAAAUGUUUUUCAGCCUUAUGUCAAAGAAAUUGCUGCUACCUUAUUAAUCGUUACAGUUUUCGAUAGAGAGAUAAAUUGCCGUAGGGCUGCCUCUGCUGCCUUUCAAGAAAAUGUCGGAAGACAAGGAAAUUUUCCACACGGCAUUGAUAUUCUAACUAUAGCAGAUUACUUCGAGGUAGGAGUGCGCAGUCAUGCUUACCUCAAAAUCAGCGUUCACAUAGCACAAUACAAAGAAUAUACAAGACCACUAAUAGAUCACUUAGUGGUGAAAAAAGUUACUCAUUGGGAUACUGCUAUCAGAGAGCUUGCAGCAAAGGCACUCUGUAAUUUAACACCUACAGAUCCGCAGUAUAUCGUAGAAAUUGUCCUACCAAACCUUUUGGACUUAUUAGAUUCAAUUGAUUUAAAUGUGCGACACGGAGCUGUUCUUGCCAUUGCAGAAGUUUUAGAUGCUGUGUAUCACCAUUUCAACGAUAAGAUUGAAAAUAUAAUAGGUAAACCAGCUGUCAAUGAAAUAAAAAAUACAGUACGCGUAUUCGCAAAUCGAGGUCAAUUUAAAGGUCUAGGGGGUGAACUUAUGAAACAGGCAUGCGCCAUGCUAAUAAAAAAAUGUGCCCUCGUUCAUUUCCCUGUACAUUCCACAGAAAUUGUUGAUGAUUGGCAGAAUUUGCUAGAGGAAUGUUUGAAUCAUGAAGUGGCAGCUGUAAGAAUAAAAUCAGCCGAAGCUCACACUGAAUUUUUCUCAGAAUAUUACGCGGACGAAUACAUCAAUGAAGAUGCUCGUCAUACCAUAAUAAAUCGUUAUUUGGGUAACUUACGAUACCAUAAUCAAAUGAUCAGAAUAGGAUUUGCUCAAGCAAUAGGACACUUUCCACUGUUUAUACUCAAAACAAGAAUAAAGGACAUUGUACAAGCAUUAAUUAUGUGCUCACACAUAACAGAUGAUACAUUAAAGUGGGCUGAGAGUCGCAAGGAAGCGUUGCAGUCUUUAAAAAUGGUACUACAGACUCUGGGGGUGUCUGAAGCUGAAACGUGGAAGCCAUACGUUCCAGAAAUGUACGAUUGUUACUUACAAGCUCUUAAGGAAUACACAACUGAUAGUCGAGGUGAUAUUGGAGCUUGGGUUAGAGCAGCUGCUAUGUCCGGUUUACAUUUAUUAACGAAUUUAGUAUCCCAUGCGAAUCUUUCGUCGUUGUUGAACCAAACUCUAAUGGCAAGUAUUGUGGGCGGUGUUGCGCAGCAAGCUAUAGAAAGAAUUGACAGAAUUCGAGCACAAGCUGGAACUGUAUUUAGUGCCCUUAUACAUAGUGAUCCGGAACUUCCAAAUAUUCCAUAUCAUGCAGAAUUGAAGACUAUAUUUCCUGCAGAGGAAUGCAAAGACAGUAUGGAUUGGAAAUUAGAAUCAGCUACUUUCCCAAAAUUUAUAAAAAUGCUGACAUUCCCACCUUAUACUAUUGCACUUCUACGAGGAAUUAUAUUCAGUGUCGGCGGCUUGAGUGAAUCAUUGGUAAAACAUUCGAGUGUAUCCUUAUUCUCGUAUUUGAAUGAACUCGACGAAAAGACAUCAACAGAACUGUGUAACAAAAUAUUGGACAUCUUUGAGGAGAGUCAUAAAAAUGACCGAAUGAUCACCUCGAUGCUCGCAUUCCUCGAUAGAUUGAUGAGCUCAGGUUGCAUUCAGUCGAUUCUUACUGACCCUGAUAGUGAGAUUCCGCAGCGUAUGCUGACGUUAUUAAAACGAGAGCUCAAAUUUAUUAGCAGCACAAAACUUUUGACCAGCAGCAUAGAAGUUUUUUGUCAACUGUUACAAGUCCGAGGCCCUGUUGGCAAGAAAGCAUUUAUUCAGCUUAGUAUAUUCCUCUGUAAUAAAUAUAAAUGCAUAAGAAAAGUUACUGCUGUUCGUACUUAUGAAGCGUUGACGUUAUACGGAGAAGAUAUGGAUUUGACUGAGGAGGAACUUGGCAAUCUUUUAACUGAACUAAACGCGACUGAUUGGGAACAACCAGUUACAGAAUUGCGUCCGAUCAGAAAUCAUCUUUGUGAACUGAUGAAAGUACCAGCUCCUAUUAUACAAAAGAAGGGAGCGAACUAA